UGCUCGGGGCCAGUUUGCAGCGGUGAGCAGGAAGUGGGGAUGCGCCGCUUGUCUCCACGGCAGCCAUACACAGAGAGAGACAUAGAAGGGAGAGGGAGAGAGAGCAAGUGUAAGUGUGUGCCGCGAUUGUCUUAGCGUUGCCGGGAGCGGGGAGGUGGAACGCGAGCCCGGGAGCAAGCGACGCAUUGCAAGCGGAGCCGCCGAGCCGACCAGUCGCUUCGCCGACAACCCUGACACGCAAACAGGAAAUCUUACAGAGAUCACCAUGAACUCCUACUCUGCGAUUUCCUGACUGUUGAUCUCCAAGCUAUUGUAAUAAAUCUGACACUCACACUUGGCACCGCUCUGCUUGCUGUAGAAUAUGUUUCAGAGGCAAGAUCUGAAUGACUAGCCAUUGAUGAAUGAUGGAUUGAGUACUAACUUCCAAGUGAAUAAGAUGAGGUAUGAGUUAUCCCUCAGCAGACUCUGGUGAGGGUUUGGAUGGAACAGCCCAAAAAUCAAAGCGUAAUGGACAUUUACAAUGAGGUGCUUGGAGUGCUGAUGUCUGUGGUUUGACCUUUCUGCAAUGAAUGAGCAGGAGCGAGGUGUAGCACAUGUGAAAUUCCAACCGACAACCAACCAGGUGACGUUUUUGUGAUGGGUCUUCGAUUUCAUUUUGUCUAUGAUCCUCAAGGCUGGUCCUGCGUUGGAAUAAUCACCUUCAUUUGGCUGUACAAUACAUACUGCAUCCCCAAACUUAUACUCUACCCUCACUAUGAAGAAGAACAUGUCUCAGCUGCUGUAAUAGUCGCCUAUUACUUGGUGUCAUUUUUCUGUGUUGCAUCUCUGGUGAGAGCCUCCACUGCCGAUCCAGGGAGACUGCCACAAGACCCAGAAAUUCCAUAUUCAGAAAGCCAAAACUGGGAAACCUGUAAUAAAUGUAACAAGAUGAGACCAAAGCGAUCACAUCACUGCAGUCGGUGUGGACACUGCAUUCGUAAAAUGGAUCAUCAUUGCCCCUGGAUAAAUAAUUGUGUUGGAGAAGACAAUCACUGGCUCUUCCUACUGCUGUGUUUCUACACACAGUUUUUGAGUCUCUUCACAUUGAUUCUCAAUUUCUGCCAAUAUUACUACCUCCAGCCUCUGACAAAAGUAAAAGAGGAGCUCUUUAUAUUUAGGCAUGAACUAGCCUUGCUCCGAAUAUCUACCUUAAUGGCCUUAGUGAUGAUUGGAGGGAUGUCUGGCCUCUUUUUCAGUCAGCUGACAAAUGUUCUGGCAGAUGUGACAACGAUAGAAAGAAUGUCAAGUUGCCCAGAUGAGAUAUUGAAGCCCAGAAAGCCUUGGCAGCAAAUGUUCUCAGAAGUGUUUGGCACGCGCUGGAAGAUCGUGUGGUUCAUCCCAUUCAGGCAGAGGCAACCGCUGCGAGCCUCCUACCAUCACGCCAAUCACGUUUAAUAGAUGGAAGCUGCAAAGAGGAGUCCUCCUGUGUCGAAGUACUUAGCAACCUAUCAGCAGUACUCCCAUCCUCUCAUUCGGUUUUGAAACCUGACACUUAUUUUCCUAGCAACAGUAAUGCCUUCUAAGUAACAUUCCUGACAGCAUUCUUUCUCUGUUAAUGGCCACUGUAGAUUAUAUUUCAAGGUCGUCAAGAAGUACUGGACACAACCCUUUGAAUGUACCACUAUUGUCUUGGAAAUAUUUAUAGUUAAAGUGGGGAUUAUGUUUAUUAAAUAGGACUUCUCCCACCAAUUUUGGGCUGAUUUGUAUCAGAAGAUUACUCGGACGACCAUUUUGGUCAAAACACAAGAAAAUGACUGACUUUCAUUUUCUUCUCGCGUUUUCUUUAAAAUAUGAAUAUUGAAAUGUUUUUGGUCUGUGUAAGAUUACAGUAAUAUUGUAAAAUUUGAUUUAUACUGAAUAAUAAGUCUCAUUUUGGAUGUGGAAAUUAUUUUACUUGAAGCAGUUGCAACCUAUGCAUUGCUUACACUAUGCAGGCCACUAAACUAUGUUUUAAGGUCACAUGCUAGACCAAGAAAUAUGUUUUAGAUUACAAGUUUGGAUGCUUUCUUAAAAAAAAAAAAUUAGUUCUGGUUUUAAAAUAUAUAUUUUUAAAAUGUGUCGCUUCACAUGUUGUUUUUAAUGUUUUGUGCAUUAUUUCUGCAGUUCAUUUUAUACCAAUAUUUAAUUAUUGUGUGCAGUGUUGUUAACCUGGCUGUCUACUGUUUGUUACUGUUGAGUGUUACAAGGUAAUUUCUUCUGUAUAAAGGAAACACACAAUUACUGGAGUAAGAAUCUUAGUGUAUUGUAAUUAAUAAGGAUGAUGUGAUGUCGGAUGUAUCAGAUUGGGUGGUUAAUUAUUAUGUAACAUGGCCAAUCCUGUGGGAAGUAGGUUACAAGGUAGCAAUUCAAAGUGAAAAAUUGUUUUAUCAAGUGCCUAUAAUUUAAUGACUUUUAUCAUUUGGCUUGUUCUGAACAGGACCAAAGAUGUUAUUUAACUUAGGACAAGCGCAAAUGGUAAAUCAAUAUUUUUUAGCAAAGCCUGCUGUAACUUGUUGCCGUGACUGUUGUAUCCUAAUGAUUGGCCUAUAGAUCAAUUGUGAUGUUUCUGUAAUAAUCGUGUUUUUUUUUAAUUUGUGAAAAUUGUGAUAUAUCUUUGUUUGAUUAUGGAAUAUGGAGUAAACACUCUUUACAAUGUU